UAUUAAUAGUCCAUCGCCAAGCUCCAGAGAGAGCUUGAAAACACGGUUCGGGAGCUUGACGUUGCGAAGAAUUCUAUGCUGGAAAAGGAUCGCAUAAUUAAGCAGCGUGAUGCCCUUCUCGAGUCUCACGGACUCGAAUCCCGGAGGCUAGGCGAGAUGCUCGAUAAGGAGCGCCAAGCUCACCGUAAUACGAAAAAUCAAUUCGAAACAUUUCAGCGCACGCACCAGCACGUAUCACGGACCGUCACGAGCCAGGAUUCACGUAUUUUAGAGCUCGAGACCAACCGUGCGGCAGACAAGAAGAAGAUAGCACAGCUCGAAGUUUCGUUUAAGGAACAGCUAAACGAGCGCAAUAAUCUAUUGCUGGUCUUGUGGACUCGCCUCUCAGCGCUCUGUGGUACUGAUUGGGCUCAUGAUAACAGCCUCAUCAACGGACGCGCUUUACCCUCACUAGAGUCUGUAUCGACGAUGCUCCCUGGCUUCGCUAAGAACCUGAUGAGCGCCGUUAAGACUAUCGAGGGCAUAGUAGGCAAUUUCCAAUCCCGCAUAAAAUCGGUUGAGCGUGAACUGUGGAAAGAGUACCAGUCUCUUGAAAGCAGCCUCGACGCGAAGUCUAAGAAGCUUGAACGUCUCGAGACUAUCGUUCGCACCGGAAUUGCAGCCGGCCACUUCGAUGCGCACGCUAAAAUAUCUCAGUUAGAGACCGCAUACCGGGCUCUCAAAAUCGAGAACGCCACUCUACAGCGUGCCAACGACGCGCGCACUCGCGGAGCCGGUUGGACGGGGUCUAAGAAGGCCAGUAGCAAAAGCUCACGCGAGGAUCUGAUCGACGGAGGUAGCCCUUCACCGUCUGUGCCGACUGGGCCGCAUCACCGAGAAUCAAAACUCCCGCGCAGCAAGACAACUCACUUAGAAACGCCUAGCUUGAGCGCUAGGAGCGGAUCGAGCAGCAUGUCUCGGAGCGCCUCUACUAUGGUUGCGUCCGAGAUAGAGCGACUGGGUACUUCCAACGGCGAUAGCUCUUCCGGAAAGAAUGGCGACGACAACCGGUGGAUGUUUAGGCUGCGGGAGCUCGAGUCUAAGCUCAAGCAGGAGAGAGAAGCCAGGCACAUGGACCGAGCAGCGGCCAGACAGAGAAUACAGGAUAGCGAGCGGCAGAAUAACGAACUUGCUGCCGAAUUAGUGCGAGCGAAGAGGAGAGGUAACGGAGAAUAAAACACGCAUGCCAGAAACCGAGACUACCCAAUAUUAUGUAGGUCAGCGUUCCGGCUAAUACAUAUCGCGAGAGGGAGCAAUUCUUCUUCCUCAGGGAGACGUGGAGGAGAAUCAUCAAGGUCAUGGGGGAAGUUGAAACUUACGAUACGAAUUAACUAGUACCUUGUAUCAAUAUCGAC